UGGGAAGUAUAUCAAAAACAUUACUGUACAAAUUAGGUGGAAACUAGAAAGUCGCCUGUCCCCAAAUUGUCAUCAUCAUUAACCAAAGUCGCCAAUACACGCGCCGCCGCAGUGAGUGAUCAAAGCAUUUUGGCGGUCAUAACCGCUAUUAAUUGAAGUAAUUCUCCGUGCAGUUGAAAAUUGUAGAAAGAGAAGACCAAUGAAAUGAUCCAGAACGAGAAGAGAGAAAGAUAGAUAGAGAUAGAGAGAAUAAAGAGCAGUGAGAUAAGAAACACAGUACAAAAAGGCGGCUUCUUUAGCUCGCAGCUCCUUCAUUAUAGCGACGGUUUUGUUCGUAGUUCAUUCAUACGCGUAUAUAUUUCAAGGCCGCAAUUGGCAGUAGCUAUUGAUCCAUUGAAUCGAUUCUUAGGCAAGUGUAUGUGGUGAGGGAGAGAGAAGCUAGUCAACUUGGAUAUAUAGAACAUUAGUUCGCUGGGGUUUUGAUUUGCUCCUCUUUUUCCUAUUCAAGCUGAACUGCGAAGUCUGCAAUGGAGAAUACAACAGCCUCAGCCGGCGCGCCUCCACAGGUUCCGCCGGCGGAGGAGCUGCUAAAGAAGAUCCAGGAGCUGGAGGCGGGGCAUGCGCGCUUGAAACAGGAGAUGACGAAGCUCGUGAUUUCGAAAGAGUACAGAUCAGAGAGACAAAGGUCUCACUCUAUCUCUCCGCAACGGCCGCGGCGGGUCAGACCUUCUGGCAGCGGAAGGCACGGCGGAUUAGAAGGUGGCGCUAAUGCUGUGUGGAGAAGGGGGUCUGCCUCAUUCCGACAUGCUUCUCCCCUGCAGAGAGAGAGCAGUAGUAAAGCUGAGCUUGUAGCCUAUGACGGUGACGGAGGCGAAAGCUGUGGCGUCAGAGGUCCAGCCUCUGUGAAAUUUAGUGAUAGACAUUAUUUGAACAUAUUGCAGUCGAUGGGCCAAGCGGUGCAUAUAAUUGAUCCUAGUGCUCGAAUUAUUUACUGGAACAGGAUGGCUGAGCACAUGUAUGGUUAUUCUGCUGCAGAAGCUCUGGGGCAAAGUAUAAUGGACCUCUUAGUGGAUUCUCCAGAUUUGGAUUUUGCUAAUGAUAUUCUUAGACGUGUAGUUGCUGGGGAGAGUUGGACUGGACAGUUCCCAGUCAAGAAUAAGCUGGGGAUUAGAUUUUCUGUUGUUGUUACCAAUACCCCUUUCUACGAUGAUGAUGGUACUGCAAUUGGACUGAUAUGUGUAUCUACUGAUUUAAGGCCAUUGCAAGAAACCAAGGCUGCAUUCAUGGGAACAAAGCGGAUAAGUUUUGACUCAAGUUCUGGUAGGACAAGGAGCAUUGCUUCGUCCAAGCUCGGGCUUGAUCCUCAACAGCCUCUGCAAGUUGCAAUUGCCUCAAAACUAUCUAAUUUGGCUUCAAGAGUGAGCAACAAGGUGAAGUCAAAAAUGAAAAGUUCAGAGAGAUGUGUGAUUCGUGAAGGUGGAAGUGGAGAUAGUCAUCAUUCUGAUCAUGUUUCCCCCGAUGAUCAUCCAGAGGAUGCAACUUCUAGUGGUGCCAGUACUCCGAGGGGAUAUAUACAUCAUUCUCCUUUUGGAGUGUUCUCUAAUGUUGCCAAAGAGGACUGCUAUGGGAGAUACUCCAGAGAUUCUGGGGAUGAGAGUGAGGGUAAACCUGGGAUCUCCCAGAUGAUUACCUCAAAGGCGGAAGCAUGGAUUCAAAAGAAGACUUUAUCAUGGCCGUGGAAAGCAAAUGAACAAGAAGGAUCUGAGACACGAAACACUCGUUUCAGCUGGCCCUGGUCGCAUAAUGACCAAGACAGCGAUGACACUCUGUGUAAAAGAAACACUAGUAUGGAAACAAUGAAGCCGGAAAGUCAAGUUUAUGAUGCUAAUCACACUACGAUGAAUGAAGCUUCGGGAUCAUGGUCAUCAUCUUUUAAUGUUAAUAGCACAAGCAGUGCAAGUAGUGUUGGAAGUACUGGCAGUAGUGCUGUUAACAAAGUUGACAUGGAUGCUGACUGCUUGGACUAUGAGAUCUUAUGGGAUGAUUUAACUAUUGGGGAUCAUAUUGGCCAAGGCUCAUGUGGGAAUGUUUAUCAUGCUCUGUGGUAUGGAUCAGAUGUUGCUGUUAAAGUAUUCUCCAAGCAAGAAUAUUCUGAUGAUGUUAUUUUUUCCUUCAGACAAGAGGUCUCACUUAUGAAAAGACUUCGCCAUCCAAAUGUUCUACUUUUCAUGGGUGCAGUAACUUCUCCUGAACGUCUCUGCAUUGUUACUGAGUUCCUCCCAAGAGGAAGUUUAUUUAGGUUACUUCAGAGGAAUAUAUCCAGAUUGGAUUGGAGGAGGCGUGUCCACAUGGCAUUAGAUAUAGCACGAGGAAUGAAUUAUCUCCACCAUCUUAACCCACCUCUUAUUCACCGCGAUUUGAAAUCUUCAAAUCUUCUUGUAGACAAGAACUGGACUGUGAAGGUGGGUGACUUUGGACUGUCAAGGCUCAAACAUGAAACAUAUCUGACCACAAAAACGGGUAAAGGAACGCCUCAGUGGAUGGCUCCAGAGGUUCUCCGUAAUGAGCCUUCAGAUGAGAAGGCUGAUGUGUACAGUUUUGGGGUAAUCUUGUGGGAACUUGCCACCGAAAAGAUCCCGUGGGAUAACCUCAACACAAUGCAGGUAAUUGGGGCAGUAGGGUUCAUGAAUCAACGACUAGAUAUUCCCAAGGAUGUGGACCCACAGUGGGCUUCUAUAAUUGAAAGCUGUUGGCAUAGCGAGCCACAACGUCGUCCUACGUUCCAAGAACUGAUGGAUAAGUUUAAAGAGAUGCAAAAGCAGCAUGCGAUUCAAUCCCAUGCGGCUCGUAGUGCUUCAGUUGACAUAUCUCAAAAGGACUUGCUGUAGAAGGAAUUGGUUUAUGUGUUUGACAUGUUCAAGGUUGGUCAACAAAAUUGCCACAGAAAGUUCAGUGCAAGUGGAUGGUGGAUUCCAUUAUUUGAAAGAAAAUCUUGCCAGUGUUAUCGGAACAAAAACCCAAAAAAAGAAAAAAAAGCAGGAAUUUUUUGAGGCAUAUAAUAUGCCUACACCGUUCUUUGCCAAUGCAGGGAAAAUAAAGAGAAGGCAAAAGCAGGCAGUCAUAUUGGUCUUUGAUGGAUGGAGUUAGGUUUAUGUUGAGUUGAGUCAUUUGACUGAGUGACAUUGUUUUUUUCGUGGGAAGUACAUUCAUAAUAUCUAUAGUGCUAAUGAUCAUACACGACCUCUGUAAACCAUUUACAGUCUUAGUGUAUGCAUCUGACUUGUUUUUUUGGAAUAUAUGCGUGCGUUAUUAAUUUAUUUAUUUAUUUGAGUAUGUGCGGAUUCAUCUGGUC